UGGCCUGUGGCUGCUGCUGCUAGUCGUGUGUGUGGACAGUGGAGAGGCGGGAGGGAGAGGUUAGCCAUGGCGAAAGCUCACGUCAUGGUGCUGCCGUUCCCGGCGCAGGGCCACGUCACCCCGUUCAUGGAGCUGUCGCACCGUCUCGUUGACCACGGCUUCGAGGUCACCUUCGUCAACACCGAGGUGGACCACGCGCUCGUGCUCGCCGCGCUGCCGGAGGCGCUGCGCGGCAUUCACCUGGAGUCCAUCCCGGACGGGCUGGCCGACGACGAGAACCGCAAGGACCUCAACAAGCUCGUCGACGCCUACUCGCACCACAUGCCUGGAUACCUCGAGAAGCUCGUCGGGGAUAUGGAAGCGGCCGGGCGGCCGAGGGUUAAUUGGCUCGUCGGCGACGUCGGCAUGGGGUGGUCCUUCGAGGUCGCCAAGAAGCUCGGCAUCCGGGUCGCAUCCUUCAGCACGGGGUCUGUUGCGAGCCUCGCCAUCAUGCUCAAGAUCCCCAAGCUGAUCGAGGACGGCGUCCUCAACGACAAGGGAUGGCCGGAGAGGAAGGAGAUGCUGCAGCUCGUCCCUGGUACGCCGCCGCUGCACACAUCACUGCUGGCGUGGAAUAACGCCGGCCCUCCCGAGGGGCAGCACAUCCUCUUCCAGCUCGUGUGCCGGAACAACAAAUUCCACGACCUCGCCGAGAUUGUCGUCUGCAACUCGUUCCUGGAGGCGGAGGCCAGCGCAUUCGAGCUCUUCCCCAGCAUCCUGCCCAUCGGCCCGCUCUUCGCCGACAGCGAGUUCAGGAAACCUGUCGGCAACUUCCUGUCAGAGGACACGAGGUGUCUGAAAUGGCUCGACGCGCGGCCCGACGGCUCCGUCGUGUACGCGGCCUUCGGCAGCAUGGCCAUCUUCGACCCGCGCCAGUUCCAGGAGCUCGCCGAGGGGCUGGAGCUCACCGGCAGGCCGUUCUUGUGGGUGGUACGCCCCGACUUCACCGCCGGCCUCAGCAAGGAGUGGCUCGACGACUUCCGGCAGCGCGUCGCCGGCGCCGGCAUGAUCGUCAGUUGGUGCUCCCAGCAACAGGUCCUGGCGCACCGUGCGGUGGCGUGCUUCGUGUCUCACUGUGGCUGGAACUCGACGUUGGAAGCGUCACGGAAUGGCGUGCCGGUCCUGUGCUGGCCUUACUUCUGCGACCAGUUCCUGGAUCGGAGCUACAUCACCGACGUGUGGAGGACCGGUCUCGCGGUGUCGCCCGGCGAGGAUGGCGUCGUCGCCAAGGAGGAGGUGAGGAGCAAGGUGGAGAAGAUAAUCACUGACCCAGGGUUCAGGAAGAGGGCAGGAUGGCUGAAGGACGCGGCCUCGGAGUGCGUCGGCGAUGGCGGCUCGUCGUACAAUAACUUCACGAGAUUCGUGGAUCUUUUGAGCGAAUGAACAAGCACCGAGCUGUGUAUACAAUAGUUUGCUCUGUGGAUCUGUGAUGGCGGAGUUCUCCAAGCUUAUUGUUUUAUCAACUAGUAUAUGGAUCAAAGUCAAUCAUAGUCGAGUGCUUGCCAUGUGAA